AUGGCUGGAUCUGGAGGAGGAGAACUCAGAGCGCCAAUCUUCAAUGGCGAGAAUUUUGAUUUCAGGCAAAUCAAAAUGAAGACCAUUUUCCGUUCGCACGAACUGUGGGAUCUGGUUGAAAUUGGGUACAAAACUCCGGUGACGAAGGAGGAGGAUCUCACGGAGGCAGAGAGGAAGCUGUUGCGUCAGAGUGAGGUUAAGGAUGCUAGAGCACUGGGCAUCAUCCAAGAAGCUGUUAAUCAUUUUACCUAUGAUAGUAUUGCAGCUGUGAUAGAAAAUACUAAGGAUUUAGACACCAUUGAUGCUCAGGAUGUGGUUGCAAUUUUAAAGGGUUAUGAACAACGGCUUGAUAGAUAUGGAGAGAGUUGUAGUACGGAGAAGGCAUUUGCUAGCUUGAACUUUGCAGCAAAACCGAAUAACAAACACCAGAAAAACUCUAAGCCAAAAGGGACACAAGGGAGUAACAAGGCUGAUUGGAGUAAUAAGGCUAGUUCCUCUGUGAAGAAUGAGGCAAAUAACACUGGGGAUAAGUGUAAAUUCUGUGAUAGACUUCAUUAUGGGGAGUGUUGGGUUAAUAACAAAGUCAAGUGUCACAAGUGUGGCAAAAUUGGGCAUAUUGCAAAAUACUGUCAUACGAACAAGGCUGUGCAGCAGGUGAACUUUGCUAAUCAGGUUGAAGAAACUGGAAAUUUAUUCUUUGCUAAUCAUUCUGGAGAAGUAAAGAAGAUAAGUGAUGAAUGGUACAUAGAUAGUGGAUGUAGCAAUCAUAUGACAUCUAGGGAAGACUUGCUUGUAGACAUUGACAGAAGAGUGAAAGCAAAGGUUCAAGUAGGCAAUGGAGUUUUGGUUGAAGUGGCAGGAAAAGGGACACUGAUCAUUGAAACAAUGAAGGGUAACAUGUAUAUAAAGGAGGUUAUGCUUGUACCUAGUCUUGCAGAGAAUUUGCUAAGUGUAGGACAGAUGACAGAGCAUGGUUACUUUCUUCUAUUUGGAGAUUCUAAGGUGGAUAUAUUUGAUGAUACAUCUUUAAGAAACUUGGUGGUCAGUGUGAAACAGAAAGGGAAUAGGUGUUUUGCUCUAAUCUUCAGCAUCAACAAGAAGCGUGCAUUGAAAACAAAUGUGCAAGAGUGUGCACAGAUAUGGCACAAGAGACUUGGUCAUCUAAACUUCAAAAGUCUCAAGCUAUUACAGAGUCAAUAA